AUGGAGCCGGCGGUGCUGGCCUCGCACCACCUGCCGCACCACGAACCCAUCAGCUUCGGCAUCGACCAGAUCCUGAGCUGCCCGGAGCCCCCCGGGAGCGGCCUGGGCCCGGGCCGCGCGGGUCAAGGCCCUGGGGAGACCGCAGCGUUCUCGGGGGCUUUUCACGGAACCUCCGGCUAUGGCCCCGCGGGCUCUCUGGCCCCGCUGCCCGGGAGCUCCGGCGUGGGCCCGGGCGGCGUGAUCCGCGUUCCCGCGCAUCGCCCUCUGCCCGUUCCGCCGCCCGCGGGAGGCGCGCCCGCCGUGCCCGGACCCUCGGGCUUGGGCGGCGCCGGGGGCCUCGCGGGCCUCACCUUUCCUUGGAUGGACAGCGGCCGCCGUUUGGCCAAGGACCGGCUCACCGCCGCGCUCUCGCCCUUCUCCGGCACGCGCCGCAUCGGUCACCCCUACCAGAACCGGACCCCCCCGAAGCGCAAGAAGCCGCGCACGUCCUUCUCGCGCUCGCAGGUGCUGGAGCUGGAGCGGCGCUUCCUGCGCCAGAAGUACCUGGCGUCGGCCGAGAGGGCGGCGCUGGCCAAGGCCCUGCGCAUGACGGACGCGCAAGUCAAGACCUGGUUCCAGAACCGGCGCACCAAGUGGCGGCGCCAGACGGCCGAAGAGCGCGAGGCGGAGCGGCAUCGCGCCGGCCGGCUGCUCCUGCACCUGCAGCAGGACGCGCUCCCGCGACCCCUGCGGCCACCGCUGCCCCCGGACCCGCUCUGCCUGCACAACUCGUCGCUCUUCGCGCUGCAGAAUCUGCAGCCCUGGGCUGAGGACAACAAGGUGGCGUCGGUGUCCGGGCUCGCGUCGGUGGUGUGA